UAAUAUUGUAUAGCUUCCCUUCAUUUGAACAACCUUUUAAGGUCUGUUAACAUCUCUUCUAAAGAUGGGCAUCCGAUUGAUGGCGAUAGCUCAAGCCAAACAAAAGCUCCAACGCACUCUUUCGCCAAGAAGUGGAACAGUUUCUGCCACUAGUGAUGUUCCAAAAGGCCAUUUCGCAGUUUAUGUUGGAGAAGCUCAUAAGCGGUUUGUCAUUCCAAUAUCUUACUUGAACCAUCCUUUAUUCCGAAACUUGCUACAUCAGGCUGAAGAAGAAUUUGGAUUUGACCAUCCGAUGGGAGGUCUGACAAUUCCAUGCAGUGAAGACUACUUUAUUAGUCUCAGUUCUCUAUUAAACUCUUCAUAAAUGACAGAGACCGUACUCUUGCCUUUUGAUUGUUCCUCUGUGUGUAUGUCAUUGGUGAUUUUUUUGCCUUCCAAUUCAACGACGACAUAAUUUGAGACAGUCAAGCCAGUCUCUUCAAUUUUGUACGUAACAUGGGUUACUAUCAAAUCCAACCCAGAUUAUGUUUCACAAUAUCCCAUUUGUAAAUAAAAUUUUCAAUGUAAAGUUUCCUACUUUAUGACCUAAA